AUGGAUCAAGCUCUAUGUUCUCUUGAGGAGAGAUUUAAACAAUUUCAGAAUAUCUGUUGCCACUGCAGAAAGAAGUUUUUCAAAGUUGAAGUUGAUAAAAUCUUACCUUCGAUCAACUAUGUCACAAGAAAGAUUAAAUUCUUUGGCUAUCAUAUCUAUAGAGAGAGAAUUGGUUCGAGAGCUUGAUUAUGUGAGUUUGGUGAAUGA